GCAAGGUUAACUUAUUUUAAUCAGGAGCUCUGCUUUUAGGCUUGGUUAAAUCUGUAUAUUAGUGUGUAGACUGGUGCUGCAGUACAGUUGAACUUGAUUUUUGUUUUCCUUUUAGUAAUCAGCCUUCAGGUCAACAACAAUCUGGUAUACUGGUGAUGUCAGUCACUGUUCCCAGUGGUACCAAGUCUGUUCCAAGGCAGUCAUUCUAUGAGCGAUGGGUACAGUGUUUUCUUCUAACCCAAGAGAAGGGGGCCAACCUCUUUGAGAUGUCAGUUUUACCGUCUCACACAAGGGAUGGCUCUUCAUUGGCAAAUGUUGUCUACAGAAUCAUUGAUCAGAGUAUUGUUGUUCAGGAGACUGAAUAUUCUUCACAAUCUGAUGGAUCUUCAACAGAAUGAGAUCCAUCAACCCUUAGCAAUGAUCAUGAGAAACCAAAUACAGGUUAUUUUUUAAUUUCAAGCCGCUCUUUGCAUUAAAGAGGAUGAAAACGUUGGAUUUCAGCCAAGGACGGCCAAGAGUUGAAUUGUGUUCUGUACUGCGUGCUGUGUUGUUCGUAUGUUUGAGGAGGAAAGCGAUUGAAGGAGUGAAACAACAUGACACACAUUACGAUAAGGUUGGCUUCCCCUCCAGCUGGGAGCAAAAAUGUCCGAGAAAUCAUUAGAAUUAAGACUCCAGAGAAACUACUACCAUUUUGUGAAGCUGUUCCUGGAAGUGUCAUGGUCGAGACCGAAAAAACGAAAUUUAACAUGGCUGAUACCUUUAAUGAAGACAAGGCGGUACAUUUGGUGAAUGGAAACUCUCACGGUUUUCCACAUUGUGUAGAAUUUAAUUCAAAUGCCGAAGAAAGCGAGCCUACUUAUGUUAACACGAAUGGUGAUACGAAAACAGAACAAUCAAACCGAUUUACAUCUCAUGUAAACACAGAAAAUGAAAGCGAAGUAAACACAACGGAUAUGAUUAAUGGAGAAACGAAGUUGAAUUGUGAAGAAAAUUCGCAAGCACGGUGUGACAGUUGUGGGCGAGUAACUGAACGUGAAGAGUUUGAAUCAGAACUUUAUAUAACUCGCAAAGAUUUAUCUUCCAUGCAAAAUCAGUUGGCAAUGUUUAAAUCCAGGUUAGAAGAGGAAGUUUUUGAGAGAUUUAAACUGGAGGAAGAGCUUAAGUCUGAGGCUGAAACACACCAAACUGAAUUGAGCAUUUUAAAGGAGAAAAUUGAAUUUAUGGAAGAACAUGAAUUUGAGAAAACUAGGCGAAUUGAAGAGCUGGAAAGUAUGAUUGACGCUUAUAAAGAAGAGAAUGAAAAGUCUUGGGAGGAGGUGGAAAAUUUGAGAAGUGUUGUCAGUAAAUAUCAGAGCGAGUUGUGUAAGCUGAGAGAGGAGGCAAACAACGCUAGCGAUCAAGCGGUUGAAGCGAUCAAUGAAAUGGAACUGUUGACAAAGAAAACCGAGAAAAGCGAACAAGACAAAGACAGAAUUCGCAAACAACUCAAGUCUGAAAUGGAAGAGUAUUGGAGAGAAGUCCGCGAAUUGAAAAACGCUUUGGAAAACUGGGAAAAGCUUGACGUCGAAAGAAAAAGUCGCAUUCAGACAUUAGAAAACGAAGUUGCGUCUUAUAAAGGCCUUGUGAAUGAACUUCGGGAAGAGCUUACAGAAUGCAGCAACAAAACCGCAAGCGAUGAAAGGAAUCACUCAAAGGAGGAUCCGACAAAAAGCGAACAUCUUCUGGUCCUCUGUCAUGAAUUAAAUGAAAUUUUCAGAGAAAACCUCAACAGCCAGGGAAAGUUUUCUGAGUUGUCUUUCGUUCUUGCUGCCACUCAGAAAGAUCUUGAAGAAGCCCGGAAUCUAAGCCAGAGUCAAAAUCUUGCGCUUCAAGAGUUUAAGCGAAAUUACAACGAUUUACAUGAUACAAUGCUGGCAUUGACUGAAGAGAACCGACAUUUAAGGAACAGUUUAGAGAAAAAGAGUGGGAAAUUCACAGAAAUUAGAAGAAAGUUGCUUGUAUCGGAAACAGAAGUGUCUUGGCUUAAAGAAGCGUUGAAUAUUGUUGAUAAUGCCAAGAGAAAGACAGUCUGAAAGUCAAUGGAAGUUGCUAAUUAACUUUUGAAAAGGAAACACUGUUGAAACAUUUGUCUACCUUCAGUGGUUCCAUCGAGGAUUUCCUUAUAACGUUUAUAAAUUCCAUAAGAGAAACCGAAAAAUUAUUUCUUAUUUUUGUCAAAAUAUUUUCAUAUGUGACAUUCAAAUAUUCGUAAUACACAACUCUUUUUCAUUAUUAAUGUGAAACAUUUAACAGAAUUCCUAUAUAAAUAAAUUCAGACAUGUUAUCUUUCGAGUUUUCUGGGGUCUGCUUGCAAAGUCCUGAAUUUUUUUUUUACUAUUAAAUAUAAAAUUUAAUGAUCAAAGUGUUUUUUUACACGUUCAGCCCUUCUUUUGUUGUCAUUCGUGGUAUUUAAAACAAAAUUAAGAAGAGUUAAAAGCCUUCCACUUGUUUAUUAAUUUAUCAGGCGUCACUUGUGGUAACCCACCACGCCAUGUUACAGCCAAUGAAGUGUCCUUCUGGUAAUUAGGGAUCUCUUUCACUUGACGCAUCUGAUACAUCUUAACUCUUACCUUUAAUCCUUGAAAAAGCGUCGCUAAAUAUUAACAACCAGAAGAUUUUCUCAGAUCCCUGCCAGUAUCUGUUCAUAACUUAAUAUAUAUGAUAAUGUAUGAAUUUGAUUGUCAUGCAAAAAAGCCCAGAAACCUUGAAAGAAACACAAGCAUUGGACCUCGUCCACACUUCGCCGGAGAAAUUUAAAAACGCAGCUUUAUUUCUACGGUUAGGCCUUCCGUCCACACUACUC